AUGGAACUCUUUAAGGAAGCAAGGAAAAGAAUAUUAAACAGCCUAAGCAAUUAUAUCAAGAAAAGUUCAAAUGAAGAAGAGUUGUCAUUUGUGUAUUAUCAUUAUCAUGACAGUCGAGAAGGCGGGAUUGAAACGCUAAGUCUAGUAAAAUACUUGAAAAUUAUCAAAAAAAGUAAAAAUUCAGCAAGUUACAUGGCUUAUCUGAGGGAAGCACCCCAGGGCUUAAAAGUAAUUAAUUUUGAAACUCUGUUUUCCCUUGAUAGACUAAAGGAUUUUUGUAAUAAAUAUAUACUUUGCGAUGUUUCGGAUGAGAAUUUUCUAAAAACCAAACCGCGCGGCACCCAAGAUAUUUAUCCCCCCCGUUCCCUAAUUCAUCAAAACAUCCAACAAAUAAUUAUUGAGGUACUUCAUAAAAACAAUUAUCAGCCGAUAAUUUUUCCAACUUUUGAAUAUAAAGAAUUCUUUACCAGUUCUUUGGGUUCCACCACCGAUAUUAUUCAUAAAGAAAUGUAUGAUUUUUUGGAUAGAAAAGAGCGAGAAUUGGCUUUGCGGCCGGAAGGAACCGCCAGCACAGUGAGGUUAGUUUGCCAAAACAAGUUAAUUAAAGAAGGUUAUCCACUGAAAUUAUAUUAUUGGGCUAAUAUGUUUCGUUAUGAACGACCACAACAGGGGAGAUAUCGGGAGUUUUGGCAGUUAGGAGUGGAAUUAAUUAAUGCCGACGGGGCUAUUGCCGAUUAUCAAAUAUUAAAAUUAACUGCCGACAUUUUGCGUGCUUUAGGGAUUAAGAAUUUUAGUUUUAAAUUGAAUUAUUUAGGUAAUAACGAGACCAAAGAAAAAUUUAAAAAAAAAUUAAAAGGUUUUGUUGAAAAAACUGCUCCUGAAUUGUGUGCUGAUUGUCAAAGGAGAUAUGAGACUAAUCCGCUGCGGACGCUUGACUGUUUACUCUGUAAAAAUAAAUAUAGUUAUCCUUUUUAUAAGGACGCUUGGAGCGAAAAAGAUAACGACUAUAUAAAUGAACUUAACCGGAUUUUGGAUAAAUUUAAUUUUCCUUAUCAAUAUGAUUAUCAUUUAGUACGAGGCUUGGAUUAUUAUACAGGAUUAGUUUUUGAGAUUGAUUUGGGAACACAAAAAGCCAUUUUAGGCGGAGGUCGUUACGAUAAUCUUUACCGAGAAAUAGGAGGUGUGGAUGUGCCUGCUCUUGGUUUCGCUAUUGGAAUUGAACGAUUGGCGGAAUAUUUGGAGGAAAAAAAAAUACUUAAAACUGAACAAAAAUGUUUUGUCGGAGACCAAAAAUGUCCGUUAGUAGUGGAUUAUAAUCUAAAAGUAAAAACAUUAAAAUUUCUGCCAAAAAUUAUUGACUAUUACCAACCAAAAAUAUUAAUUAUAGUGGGGGAGGAAGAGUUAAAAAGCGCUGGGCGGGGGGCCCUGGCGGGACCAAUAAUAGUUGCUGCCGUUGUUUUACCAACCGGCUAUCAAAAUCCUUUGAUUCAGGAUUCAAAAAUACUUAGCCCCAGCCAAAGAAAAAGGGCUUAUCGUCUCGUCAAAAAAGAGGCCUUGGAAUAUAAAAUCAUUGCCAAAAGUGCUCGGGAAGUAGAAGUCAAAAAUCCUCUCGCUGCCACCAAGGAAGCCAUGGUUGAGGCUCUGGUCGGUCUGAAAAAUAGACCUGAUUUGUGUCUAGUGGACGGUCAAGAAAAAAUUGUUUCCGAAGGAUUUAAAAUUGUCAGUGUAGUGGGUGGCGAUCGACGGUCUAUUAAUAUUGCUGCUGCUUCGAUUAUUGCCAAAGUAACCCACCAAGCAAUUAAUCAACGGCCCAAUUUCUUUUCUGAUACAGAAUUAUUACUAGCAUAUCAAGAUGCUCUACUUUUAAAAGUCCUUACUGAAAGCCAAGCAAUUUUUUUAGCCAAAACCUAUCAGUUAGAAUAUCAAAAUGUUUGUCAAAAACUUUUUCAGGAACCGAAAAAUAUUUUUCUGUCUUCGACAAAACACCGGACCUAUCUCUCACACAAACAACCACUUUCUUCUUGGAAACCAACUCCUUCAACCGGUCUUGGAACUCAACCUGUUUCUCCCAAUCCAACCCAUUAUCAGAUUCAUCAAAGAGGAAGAUUUGGGA